AUCAACCAAAAUACAGCCAUGAUGAUUGAACCUCUUCCGUCCGCCGCCAACGCAACUCAUCCCGAAAAUCGACACCGUUCGGUAUGCGACCUCCCCGUGAACUUCUUCGAUUCGUGUCGUUUACUUUCUCCUUCUUUAACUUCACUCUUCCAGCCCCUCUCAACCUCUGAGAAUUCUUCUUUAGAAAACCCUAAUAUUACCGAAGACAUUGAAGAGAAGAGCACCAAAACCGGCUUCGCUUUGCCUAGAUGGACGUGCAACACCUGCAAGGCUGAGUUUGAUUCCCUCCAGGACCAGCGCUCCCACUUCAAAUCCGACAUUCAUCGUUUAAAUAUAAAAUUAAGCAUUGCCGGUAAGGAUGCUGUAAAGGAGGAAGAUUUUGAUGAGUCCAUGGAUUGUUACAAAGACUUCGAGGUUUCCAGUAUUUCAGGGUCUGAGGAUGAAGCUGACAAGGGAGCUUAUCCUCGCAAUGAUGCACACAAGGGGUUGAUUGAAAAUAUUAGGAAGAAGUUGUUUAUUGUUCUUCAAACUGGAGAGAGAGUUUCAAUUUGGAAAUCCUUAAUUUUGAACGAAUCUGAAAGCGUUCUAUAUGAGAAUAAUAAAGAAGCGUGGAACGAUAAUCCUGGGUGCUUGAGAGAAAAUGAGGUGAUUGAGAGAUUGAGAACUUUGAUUCAAGAGCCUAAGGAUAAAGCAAGUUUCAAGAUUGUGCUGCUUUCGAGUGGUGGGCACUUCGCUGGAUGUGUGUUUCAUGGUAACACAGUGGUGGCUCACAAAACAUUCCACAGAUAUGUUGUGAGGGCCAAGGCUGGUAAGAAACAGUCAUCCAAAGAUGCAACCGGAAAGGCUGCGCAUUCUGCUGGAGCUGCACUCCGGCGGCAUAAUGAACUUGCAUUGAAGAAGGAAAUUCAAGAGUUGCUUGCUUCUUGGAAGUCUUAUUUUGAAGCUUCAUCGUGUGUUUUUAUCCAUGCUCCUUCAAUCAAUCGUAAUGUGUUCUUCAAUGGGGAUAAACCUUGUUUUAGUAAUCAGUUCUGUGCUGUUCGGAACAUUCCAUUAACUAUUCAUAGGCCCACCUUAAAGGAGGCCAAGCGAAUAUACAGCCAACUUACACAAGUUUCGUAUGAAGUGGAGAAGGAAAUUCCACCAGGCAUCAAAGAAGAUAUAUUAAGUAGUAGCACCAAUAAUAACGGCAACCUAGACUCCUGCGAAGAGGAAUUAGAGGACAACUUGAGUGGUAACGAUGCUUCCAAAAUUCCUUCAAACAAUGUAAAAGCAGAUACUAUAUCAAGCGAGAGUGAUUGCGAAGUUAUUUGUUCCUCAACACCUUUGCAUGAAGCUGCACAAUCUGGAGAUGCUCAAAAGGUUAUGGAACUCCUGGAGCAGGGUUUAGAUCCCUGUAUUAAAGACCAAAGAGGACGAACCCCAUAUAUGCUAGCCAGUGAGAAGGAAGUUAGGAAUACAUUUAGACGGUUCAUGGCGGCAUACCUUGAGAAGUGGGAUUGGAGUUCUGCUAAAGUACCUAGUGCCUUAACUAAAGAAAUGGAGGAAUCUCAAGCAGCCAAGCAGGCAGAGAAAGAUUCCAAGAGAAAAGCAAGAGCAAAGGAACUAAAGAAAUUGCGUCGAGCCAGGGAAAAGAAAGCUCAGGCUGAGGCUGCCCAAUCUCAGAAUACCGUAGCCGUUUCACAAAACCAGGCCGCCGUAGCUUCAGCUUCGAAGGGACGACAAUCCCAACCAGUCGGUGCACAGCGAAUCUCUGAGGAAGAAUUAAAGAGAGCACAGGCCAUCGAGAGGGAAAAGAGGGCUGCCGCCGCGGAGAGGAGGAUUGCCGAAGCAGCAGCUGCUGCAACCCGCGCUCACGAUGCUCAAGGAAGUAGCUCAACCGUAGGAUCGACUACUACUAUACAACCGAAAAGUGGAGUAUCGGGUCCAGGCGACAUUAUCUGCUCCUGUUGCAAUACAUCGUUGGCCGGAAAAGUUCCCUUCCACAGGUACAAUUACAAGUAUUGCAGCGCCUCUUGCAUGCAUGUCCACAGAGAGAUUCUUGAAGAUACAUAACUUUUUUUUAAUGAUUAUACAAUUUAU